AUGGUCGAGUCCCAUCAAGACACGGACAUCAAGAUGUCCAACACAUCUUCGUCCUCUCAAGGCACUACCGGCCUUGCCAUUCGUAACCGGUCCGCAACCCAAGACAUGGCCGCGACCAACACCAGCUCCUCGAGCGUUGCUGUCAAGGACAUCAUCUUGCAUGCUGCCGCCAAUGUUGGCACCGAAAUGAGACAACUCGUCCGCGAUUUGGCUCACAGCGCCGACCUCAUUGAGCUGGGCCUGGCGCAGCUGCGUGUCAACGACGAUGAGGCAGCCAAGGUCGCCAACGCAGCUGCGAUCUUGAAGCUUGAGGAAGAUGCCGACAAUAUUAACUACGAGAAGGAUGUUCUUUUGGAGGCACAGCGCAACCAGGAGGAUUGGAACAACAGCGUUCGCCGUGAACACGAGAAACGCCUGGACCGCCUCGAGGGCCUGCUUGACAUCUUGGUGCAGGAGCAUACCAUGCCCGUUACGGAGGAAACUCGGGUCUCCAUCAACAAGAAGCUCAAUGAGUUCGAGGAGGCCCAUAAGGCAAAGUGCGCGGCGGAGGACGCGGAGAUUCUGUCUCGCAAGUGA